AUGCAACCUGUUUCUCGCACCUGCGAGCACCUCGCCUCUCCAAACCCAUGGACCGUCUUCCUCGCCGCCUUCAUCCUCGUGGGCGUCCUUGUCUCCUACCUCCCCCAACACAUCAAGAUCAUCUCACGCCGCAGCUCCGAAGGCCUGUCGCCAUGGUGGGUGCUACUCGGCGGACUGUCCGGCAUGGCCGCCAUUGCCAACAUCCUCGUCUUGCCGGCCAGCAGAGCAGACAUGCGAUGCUGUAAAGAGGUCAGCGGGGGCGAGUGUGCUGCUGCGCUGUUGGGCGUGGCGCAGAUUGGGUUGCAGUGGAGUUGCUUCAUGUUCAUCGUCCUCCUCUUCCUCAUCUUCUUCCCCACCGACGACGUCGACCUCACCUCCUCCACCGCCUCCCUCACCCACACCCCACCCCCGAAACGCCGCGACGCAGUAAUAGUAGGCAUAAGCGUGCUCCUCGCCCUCCUCACAAUCGGCAUCGCCUCCCUCGUCGUCAUCUUCGCCUUCCCCCACCACGUCGCCCAAACCUGGGCCAACGUCCUCGGCACCGGCUCGAGCGCGCUCGCCAUGGUGCAAUACCUGCCGCAAAUCUACUUCACCUGGCAAAUGGGCGAGAUCAAGAGUCUGAGCAUUCUGACGAUGCUGAUACAGGUGCCGGGGGCGUUUUUGUUUGCGCUGAGUUUGUGGUUGAGGGUGGGGUGGGAGGGCUGGAGCACGUGGACGGUGUUUAUUGUUACGGGGUUUUUGCAGGCCUUCUUGCUCGCGCUGGCGAUUAGGUAUUAUUUUGCGGCCAGACGGCAGGAAGUGGUGGGCGAGUCCGAUGGUGAGAGUGUUGAUCGGGAGGCCGAGGGUCCCAGCGAGACCACUGCUUUGCUUCCUAACAGCAGUCGGAACGGGAAAGCCUCGACGACAAGACGACGAAGCACCGAAAGGAGAACAUAG